UGACACAGCUGGAGGACGAAAGCCCAGACUAGCUCCUCCAGGCUAAGUAUAGAGCAGGCAGGACCCCCGGCCCCCCGCUGAGCCGGGGUUCUAGCCCCAGCCCCGGGCCCCAUCUGCCAGGCCCCUGCUGGCUUGAAAGGGAGCCCAGAAGGUCUGAGGGGCUGGCUGGCCAAGUUCUGUCUCCCUGGUGAAGAACGCUUUCGGGACCUGGCAGACCCCAGCGCCCCGGGUCUUGACCCACCCGGUGUCACCUCAGUACUGGGUGUGGGGACGUGACUCCUAACUGUGUGUGUACAAGGGCCUGCAAUUAUGUGUGUGUGUUGGGGGGGAAGGGUUGUGUGUGUGGGUCAGGUCACUUGGGGUGAAAACCCUCAGCAGCCCCUCCCCCACAUUCCUGGCGGGAGUGGGAGAUAAGGCUCAGGGCCACAGACAUCUGCGUCAGAGAUAGGAGGUCUCAAUGCCAUGGGCAGGGGCAACUGGGACUGCAGGGCGUGGGAAGGCCUGGGUAAGACUGGGGUGAGCAGGGUAAAAGAGGGCUGCUGGCAGGAUGGGGAGGGGAGAGUGGGGAGGCCCUGGGCACACCCUGACAGAGGGGAGCAGAGCAGGGUGUGGGUUCACCCUUGGUAGGUGAACUAUGUUGCCCCCGCUGCCUCUGCUGCUGCUCUGGCUGCUGGCCCCCCAGGGUGGGCAUGGCUGCCAGGAGCCAGAGCUUGACCGGGAACUGGUCCUGGCCAAGGUAAGGGCCCUGUUUCUGGAUGCCUUGGGGCCCCCAGCGGUGACCCAGGAAGGCGGGGAUCCUGGAGUCAGGCGUCUGCCUCGAAGACACGCUGUGGGGGGCUUCGUGCGCAGGGUCUCUGAGCCGUUGGAGGAGGAUGUCUCCCAAGCCAUCCUUUUCCCAGCAACAGGUGCCAGCUGUGAGGAUGAGCCAGCUGCUGGAGAGCUGGCCCGGGAGGCGGAGGGAGGCCUCUUCACCUACCUGUUCCGGCCGUCCGCGCACACGCGCAGCCGCCAGGUGACGUCGGCUCAGCUGUGGUUCCACACGGGACUGGACAGACGGGACACAGCGGCCUCCAAUAGCUCUGGGCCCCUGCUAAGCCUGAUGGUGCUGUCAUCGGGGGCGCCCGUGGCUGUGCCCGUGUUCCUGGGCCAGGCCCCCCCUCGCUGGGCCGUGCUGCACCUGGCGGCCUCGGCCCUCCCUCUGCUGACCCACCCUGUCCUGGUGCUGCUGCUGCGCUGUCCUCUCUGCUCCUGCUCAGCCCGGCCAGAGGCCACACCCUUCCUGGUGGCCCAAACACGGGCCAGGCCCCCCGGCGGAGGGGAGAGAACCCGCCGUUCCGCGCCCCCGUUGCCCUGGCCUUGGUCUCCCUCUGCCCUGCGCCUGCUGCAGAGGCCUCCAGAGGAGCUCGCCGCCCAUGCCAACUGCCACAGAGCGGCCCUCAACAUCUCCUUCCAGGAGCUGGGCUGGGACCGGUGGAUCGUGCACCCUCCCAGCUUCAUCUUCCACUACUGUCACGGAGGCUGUGGGCUGCCCACCUCACCAGACCUGCCCCUACCAGGCCCUGGGGUUCCCCCGACCCCCGUGCAGCACCUUUCGUUGGUGCCAGGGGCCCUGCCCUGCUGUGCUGCUCUCCCAGGGACCAUGAGGCCCCUCCGUGUCCGCACCACCUCAGAUGGAGGUUACUCGUUCAAGUACGAGACGGUGCCCAACCUUCUCACGCAACACUGUGCCUGCAUCUGAGGCGGGUUUGCUGGAGGUCCAGCUGGUCCCACCCCACCAGCUGGAAGAAGGGCAGAAUUCGGGAGAAAUAUGGUUAUCACUCCUCCCUGCCUUCUACAUUUCUGCCUGAGGGCCCCGCCCCCCACCUCAUGCCUUGCUGUGGGUAAUGUGACAAUAAAAACAUGGUGCAUGUGA